UUCUCUUCCAAAUGGUCUCUUAUGAGACACAAAAGAGUCCACACGGGGGAGAAGCCGUAUUCAUGCUCGCAAUGCAGGAAGUGUUUUUCCCUGUUGACCAGUCUUAUUAAACAUGAAAGGACUCACACUGGAGAGAAGCCAUUCUCAUGUCCUGAGUGCGGGAAACGCUUUAGGCAGAAAUCAGACGCGGUAAUGCACCAGAGAACUCAUUCAGGAGUGAAGCCGUUUUCAUGUUCCGAAUGUGGAAAAUGUUUCACCCGUAAAGGAGCGCUGAUCACACAUCAGCAUGUGCACACUGGGGCUAAGCCAUAUGCAUGCUCGGAAUGCGGGAAAUGUUUUGCCACCAGCACUCAUCUUAGCUAUCACCAGAAGACUCACAUGUCCGAAAAGCCGUUUUCCUGUUCCGAGUGCGGGAAGUCCUACGCUCAGAGAGGGAACCUUAUUUUUCAUCUCCGAUCCCACACGGGGGAAAAGCCGUUUGAAUGCACCGAAUGUGGGAAAUGUUUCCCUCACAAAGACAGUCUUAUUAAACACCAGAGGUGUCACACGGGAGAGAAGCCGUUUUGCUGCAAUGAAUGCGGGAGAAGUUUUUCCUGCAAACAAAGUCUUAUAUCGCACCAACUGGCUCACCAAGGGGUGAAGCCCUAUUCAUGUUCGGAGUGCUGGAGGUGUUUUUCCAGGAAGAAAAACCUAAUCACGCAUCAGCGCGUCCAUACGGGAGAGAAGCCAUAUUCCUGUUUGGAGUGCGGGAAAGGCUUUAUCUCCAGAUCUCAUCUCAACUAUCACGAGAAGACUCACAUGUCUGAAAAGCCGUUUUCCUGCUCCGAAUGCGGGAAGUCGUACACGCUGAGAAGGAACCUGAUUUUGCACCAGAGAACUCACACGGGGGAGAAGCCCUUUUCAUGCUCGGAAUGCGGCAAAUGUUUUCCUCAAAAAGACAGUCUUGUCAAACAUCAGAGGAGUCACACGGGGGAGAAGCCAUUUCCCUGCACCGAGUGUGGAAGAUGUUUUUCUCAGAAACGAUAUCUGAUUUCCCACCAGACACACACGAGAGUACAUCCAUAUUCGUGUUCCGAGUGCGGGAAGUGUUUCUCCCAGAAAUCGAACCUCAUCAGACACGAAAAGGUCCACACAGGGGAGAAGUCCUUUUCGUGUCCCGAAUGCGGGAAACGUUUUUCGGAGAAGUCCAACCUUAUCAGGCACGAGAAGAUUCACACGGGAGAGAAGCCCUAUUCGUGCUCCGAAUGUGGGAGGCGGUUCUCUCUGAGGGCCAAUCUCAUUGCGCAUGUGAGAAUUCACACCGGGGAAAAGCCGUUUGCAUGCUUCCAGUGCGGAAAACGUUUUUCCAGGAAGUCGGUUCUUAAUAUACACGAGAGGGUCCACACGGGGGAGAAGCCGUAUUCAUGCGCGGACUGCGGGAAGUGUUUUUCAAAAAGGUUUCUUCUCGCCAGGCAUGCAAAGCUUCACACGGGAGAGAAGUCGAUCUCCUGCCCUGCAAUGGACUCGUGCGGGGAACGUUUUCAUAGCAGAGACGAUCUCACUUCCCACCAGAAGAGUCACGCGGCGGGGAAGAUGUAUUCGUGUUCGGAGUGUGGGAAAAGCUUUACUCAGAAAUGUCUUCUCCGGAGGCAUCAGGCAUGGCACAGUGGCGACACGCCCUUUUCCUGUUCCCAGUGCGGGAAGUGUUUCGUACAAAAGUCCGACGUCAUCCGCCAUCAAAAAACUCACACGGGGGAGAAGCCGUUCUCUUGUCCCAAAUGCGGGAAGUGCUUCUCCCGGAAGUCGAAUCUCAUUACGCACGAGAAAGUCCACACCGGAGAGAAGCCAUACUCUUGUUCGGUGUGCGGGAAAUGCUUCAGCGUGGGGUCGAACCUGGUCACCCACGAGCGAACGCACAGGGCCGAGAAGCCGUUUUCCUGUUCCGGGUGCGGCAAAUCGUUCACCCAAAGAGGUCACCUGAUUUCGCAUCAGAGAAACCACUCGGGGGAGAAGCCCUUUUCGUGCGCCGAGUGCGGCAAAUGCUUUUCGUGGCGGAAACAACUGCUCACGCACCAGAGGAGCCACCGGGGCGAGAAGCCGUUUUCCUGUUCGGAGUGCGGGAAAUGCUUUACGGAGCGGUCCAACCUCGUCAUUCACGAGAGGAGCCACCGAGCCGAAAAGCCGUUUUCCUGCUCGGAAUGCGGCAAGUGUUUUACCCGGAAAGAAACGCUCAUCACGCACCAGAGGUCCCACACGGGGGAGAAACCGUUCUCGUGCGCCGAGUGCGGGAAAUGUUUCUCCCGGAAAUCCUACCUGCUCACCCACGAGAAGGUCCACCGAGGGGAGAAGCCCUAUUCGUGUUCGGAAUGCGGGAAAUGCUUCACCGACAGAUCGAACCUGGUCACGCAUCAAAGGAUCCACACCGGCGACCGCCCAUAUUCCUGUUCUGAGUGCGGCAGAGCUUUUACCCAGAAGUCCGACCUGGUGCGACACGAGAAAAUCCACACCGGCGAUCAACCCUAUUCGUGUUCCGAAUGCGGCAAACAGUUCGCAGAGCGCUUCUCCCUCGUGUCGCACCUGAGCUCGCACAAGGGACGAGAAGCUUCGGAGGAUUUCUGGUAUCGUGUCAGCUUUACCAUCCAGCUUUCAUUGCAGCUACGGACAGAGGAGUGGAAGGAUCUAGAGGGACACAAGGACACCAUGAUGAAGAACCGGCCGCCCCUUACAUCACCGGGUAAGAGGAGACUUGUAAAGAAGAGAAGAGAUGAAGGCCUGAUUGUCAUUAAAGUGGAAGAUGAAGAAAUGUUCGAAGGAAAUGAUGAGCCAUGUAAAGAGGAGGAAACCCCUCCAGAGAUCAGCACAGAUGGACGCUACAGAAGAUGCAACACAGAAGAACAUCCCAUGGUCCUCCCAGAUGGUCAACUAGAUGAUGAUGUCACUUCUAGUCCUUUAGAAGAGAGCGACAGUGCAGAAGAUGGACGAUGCAGGAGAUGCAACACAGAAGAUCUUCCCAUGGUCUUCCCAGAGGGUCAGCUAGAUGAUGAUGUCACGUCCGGUCCUUUAGAAGAGAACGACGAUGUAGAAGAUGGACGGUGCGGAAGAUGCAACACAGAACUUCCAAUGCCAGAGGGUGAGGUAGAUGAUGAUGUUACGUCUGGUCCUUUAGAAGAGGACGUCAUUGGCGCAGGUCUCCAGCCAGCACCUCACAGUGCCGAUCUAUCAUUGAAUCCGUCCCACCCAGUCGGCCAUCAUGUGGCUCGUACAGGGGGCGGAACGUUCCCGUGUUCCUCGUGCGGGAAAUGCUUUGUCUGUAAAGCAAAACUCGUCUCCCACCGGAGAAUCCAUGCGGGGGAGAUGCCCUACUCUUGUUCCGAAUGCGGGAAGUCUUUUUUCCAGAAGUCGUCUCUCAAAAUGCACGAAAAGGUCCACACGGGAGACAAGCCGUACUCCUGCUCCGAGUGCGGGAGGUGCUUCUCUGAAAGAACGAACCUGGCCAAACACGAGAGGACUCACACUGGGGAGAAGCCGUUUUCCUGCUCUGAGUGCGGGGAAUGUUUCACCCAGAAGUCCACUCUGAUCAGACACGAAAAAGUCCACACCGGGGUGAAACCGUUUUCUUGCUCGGAAUGCGGCAAAUGCUUUACGGAGAGGACCACCCUGGUCGCCCACCAGAGGACUCACACGGGGGUGAAGCCAUAUUCGUGUUUUAGUUGUGGGAAAUGUUUUGCCCAGAAAGCAACUCUCAUCAAACACGAGAAAGUCCACACGGGGGAGAAGCCGUAUUUGUGUUCCCUGUGCGGGAAAUGCUUUACGGACAGGUCGCGUCUCUCCAACCACCAGAAGACUCACACGGGCGUGAAGCCGUUUGCGUGUUCCGAAUGUGGAAAGUGUUUCACGGAGAAAACGUCCCUGGUGAGACACGAGAGGCUUCACACGGGGGAAAAGCCGUUUUCUUGCGCCGAGUGCGGAAGGUGUUUCACUCAAAAGUCAACUCUGGUCAAACACGAGAAAGUUCACACAAGACAUUCUAUGAAUUUCCUGUGUUCUGAGUGUGGAAAAUGUUUCACCCGCAAGACAAAACUUAUCAUCCAUCAGAGAUCCCACACGGGGGAAAAGCCAUUUUUGUGUUCUGAAUGUGGGAAGUGUUUUAACCAGAGAGUCCACCUGAUGGCACACGAGAGAACUCACACAGCCGUGAAGCCGUAUUCCUGUGCCGUAUGCGGCAAGUCUUUUACUCAGAGCGGAAAUCUCAUUACUCAUCAGAAGACGCACACGGGGGUCAAGUCAUUUUCCUGCCCUGAAUGCGGGAAAACGUUUACCCGGAAGUCAUCGCUCGUCAUGCACGAGAACCUUCAUACUGGGGAGAAGCCGCAUUCGUGUUCUGAGUGUGGGAAAUGCUUUAAUGAAAAGUCGCGCCUCACUAGGCACGAGAAGGCUCACACGGGGGAGAAACCGUUUUCCUGCACCGAAUGCGGCAAAUCUUUCACCCACCGAUACUAUCUCAGCUCCCACCAGAGGACUCACACCGCCGAGAAACCAUAUUCAUGUGCAGAAUGUGGAAAAUGUUUUUUCAAGAGGAAAGACCUUGUUGCUCACCAGACGUCGCACACGGGGGAAAGGCCCUUUUGUUGUUUGGAGUGUGGAAAAUGUUACACUAACAAGUCCAAUCUCAUUGCGCAUCAAAAAAUUCACAUCAGCCAUUGCCCGUAUUCAUGUCCUCAGUGCGGGAAAGGCUUUAACCACCGGUCGAGUCUGCUGAGACAUGAGAGAGUCCACUCCGGGGACCGUCCGUAUUCCUGUUCUGAUUGUGGGAGGCGGUUCUCCGAGAGGUCCUCACUGAUGUCACAUCUCAGCUCCCACAGGUGA